AUGUGGUCUUGGUUCGGCGGAUCCGCCGCUCAGAAGCGGAAAGAUGCGCCCAAGAAUGCGAUCCUCAUGCUUCGCGAGCAGCUGGAUAUGCUCCAAAAGCGCGAGAAGCAUUUGGAGAAUCUGAUGGAGGAGCAGGAUGCAAUUGCUCGGAAGAACGUAACGUCAAACAAGGCCGCGGCUAAGAACGCCCUUCGACGGAAGAAGGUUCAUGAGAAGAACCUCGAACAGACGACGGCGCAGAUCGUUCAGCUAGAACAGCAGAUCUACUCGAUUGAGGCGGCGAAUAUCAACCAGGAGACUUUGAAGGCUAUGGAGGCGGCUGGUGCGGCGAUGGCGAAGAUCCAUGGCUCCAUGACGCUUGAUACGGUGGAUCAGACAAUGGAUACACUUCGCGAACAGCACCAACUCAGCACCGAAAUCGCACAAGCCAUUACAAGCACCAAUCUGGUCGACCAACCAGACGAGGCCGAUUUGGAAGAGGAACUCGAGGGCUUGGAGCAGGAGGCCAUGGACGAGCGGAUGCUCAACACAGGUACGGUGCCGGUUGCAGACCAACUCAACCGUUUACCUCCUGCGGCAAAUGGAGAAAUCAAAUCCAAACCUCAGACCGAAGAGGAAGACGAGGAAGCAGAACUGGAGAAGCUACGUGCGGAAAUGGCCAUGGGAUAA